AAAAAACAGUAUUGUCAUCAAACUUUAUCACAAAUCCACAUUUGUACAUCUAUAAUUAUAAGUUGGACAAUUAGUUAAUUUGAUACAAUACCAAAGCAAGAAUAAUCGAAAAACAACUAUACCACCGCAUACUAAUAAGUAACACAUAACAGAUAACCAAAUUCUUGAAUCUUAAAACAAAUUUCAACUCGAGCAUUUAGUGAAUAUCAAAUUAACUAAUAUCCCACCCGUAGGGCGGACCGAUCAUAGUAGCAAUAAAAAGAAACGUUCCUCUAGUGCACACGUAAGCAUAAUACACAUGAGAAAUAUGUGAAAUUCCCAAUUCGAAGAAUGGGAAUCGAUAAAAAAUGUUAUAUAUUUUUAUUUAAUGAGCAAGCAAAGUCGAUAUGGUUUAGGAAACAAUAAUACCUAAAUUGACGCAUACGAUAUGAACAUUUAUUUUAAUUAUAAAUAAAGCUACAAAGUAAGAAGAAAACCCUAGAGUCUAAUAGAUGAAAGAAAAGAGAAAGAGAGAGGCAAUAGAGGUGGUGGAACGGUUACCACAUGUUCUUGUAGAAGAUAUUUUACAGAGACUUGAGAUAAAACCGAUUAUAAGAUUCACUCGUGUUUCUAAGCAAUGGAACUCAACGAUCAAAUCUCGAUACUUUGCAUCUAGACAUCUAGCCAGAGUGAAGUCACCUAAUCCGGAUAUCCUUCUAGGGGGUGAACUUGUCCAUGAAUCAAAACCUUAUCCUUGUUUACGUACUUUGGGAUCACAUUCUGGUUCAUUGAGAGAUGUUAACUAUAUUCCCAAACCCAGGGGAAGAAGUCUUGUAGUUACUGGAAGCUGUGAUGGUCUUGUUUGCAUAUACGAUUUUAAAAAAGUGUUGUAUGUCUUCAAUCCAGCUACUAGAUGGUGCCGAUUUCUUCCUCUAGCUAAAAUUCAAAAAAUUAAUUGGCUUAGAGAAAGCCUAAAUUGUAACUCCGCAAGAGCUUUUCUAGGGUUUGGAAAAGACACUCUUACAAGCAACUACAAGAUGGUAUGGUUAUAUAACUCUUUUGAGAACCUAGAUGGCCAAACUACAUGCGAGGUUUUUGAUUUUGCAACUAAUACUUGGAGAUAUGUGAUUGGGUCUCGACACCGGAUAUGUGAUCAUGAUUUCAAAUCUCAUCCAGUCUAUUCAGAUGGAUCACUUUAUUGGUUGACUCCCCAGCUUGAUAAUAAAGAAACAAAGAUGAUAUGUUUCGAUCUUCACGCAGAGGUUUUUCAAAGAAUGGAAAUUCCGAUUAACUAUGUAUGGCCACAUCGGAUUAUCAUGUGCAGUCUGAAUAAUCGUCUUUGCGUAUCAGCAAUGAAAAUCAACGGCAUUCAGGAUAUAUGGUCACUAAAAUCAGACAAGGUAUGGGAGAAGACUCACAGUCUAGAUUUAAGCUAUACUACUUUUGGUGAAUAUUCUGGUGUUCCACUCUCACUGGUCGCAAUUUUCGACAAAACACGAAUGCUAAUUCUUUGGCAAUCGCUUGACAAAGAAGUUCUAUUAUUGGUAGAAGAUACUGAAACAUAUUUUAUUAUUCCUAUGGUCUGCAUACCUAAGUAUCUGGAUCAAGCUAUUUCUUUUAUUCCAAGCUUGAUGACUAUUUAGUUGAAGACUGGUUCCUGCAGGUUAAUGCA